UUCACUCCUUCUCCCUAAAAUUUUCUCUCUCAUUUCAUCUUUGUUCUUAUAGAUCAAACUCCUCUUUCUCUCUGACACAAUUUUCUUCUUCCUCUCUUUCAAACUCUUCCUUCUCCCCUAGAAUUUCCCUUGCUAUUUCUCUGGAAAAUAAAUAAACAAACAAAAGAAGCAUGAGAGCUUUUGCAGAGUAAUGUGUAUGAGCACCAUAGUUUCAAGGAACCACCCGUUUUAAAUUUCUGUUGUUCCUUAUGAGGUUGCAGUGCACAGUUUUCUCGUUUUCCACAAUGCAGAGUGGAAUCUCAUCCUUUUGGGGAUUUCACUAGCUAAUUUUGAAAUCCAUCACUGGCUAGUAGUGUAGAAUGCAACCCCCUUUAAACCCUAACUUUGCUCAAGUGGUCAAUUCAUUUUACGAGGAUUUGACCCUUUUGUGUUCCUAAGUCCAUCAAGCUUCAAGCUUUUCUGUAUUCUGAGCUGAUUUGAGAUUUUGUAUCUUUGAGAAAAUGAGGGUCCAGUGUCUUAAUGGCUCUCAAAUUGAGGGAUUUUUUGGUUGGCCCUGAGUGUGUCCUUGGCUGAUUUGAGGAUUCUGAGUGAUACUCCGGGUUCAUUUUGGUGAAGAAAAUCCGAGAUCUGUGUUGAAAGUGCUGGAAGCUAUAUAAGUCAGCAGUGUGCACGCCAGGUGUUUGCUAAUGUGUACCAGUGACUCAUGAACUUCCAAAUGAUUAAAAAAGUACGGGGUUUCAUUGAAUUUCGUCUCCGGUAAGUGAUGAUGGAUAUUUAGAGCUUGAAGAAUCCACUGGACGUGUGAGUUAUUGGUGAAGUUGAAAUUUUGAAGGAGGUUAUUUUGGUGGGUUGUUGAAAAAGCAAAGAGAUUUUGUGUUCAAUAAUGUCGGGGGCUCCUAGAUUGAGGUCUAUGAAUGUUGCUGAUUCAGAGGCAAGGCCUGUGCUUGUACCAGCUGGGAACAAGACAGGGUCUUUUGGUUCAAGGAAACCAGCUACAAAGCCACUGAGGAAGGCUGAGAAAUCCAGGAACGAGGUUGCUUCGGCGAAGGAGAAGAAACCAUGUGAAUUGUCCUCAGCUGUGAAUCCCUCACCUUCUCCUCAGUCACACUCUGCAAGUGUUUCUUCUGUGCUUCGCAGGCAUGAGCAAUUGCUGCACUGUAAUUUGUCUCUGAAUGCUUCAUGCUCAUCUGAUGCAUCCACAGACUCGUUCCACAGCCGAGCUUCGACUGGGAGAUUGACAAGGUCUAAUAGCUUGGGAGUUCCAAGGAAACGGUCUGUGUCAAAGCCUAGAAGUGUUGCUUCUGAUGGUGUGUUGGAAUCUGCCCCUGAUGGUUCACAGUCCAAGAAGAGGUGUGCUUGGGUCACUCAUAAUACCGAACCAUGGUAUGCUACUUUCCAUGACGAAGAAUGGGGUGUUCCAGUACACGACGACAAGAAACUAUUUGAGCUUCUUUUCCAUUAUGAGCCCUGAUAUGCGAAUUGCAAUAGUUUGCUGUUAUGUCAGCUGAAGGCUAUUUUUUGCUGUGGCUUUAUUAGCAUCAUUUUUGUUAACAAGGUUCUUUGCAGGGAAGUUUUUGCAGACUUUGAUCCCAUUGCUGUGUCGAAGUUAAACGAGAAGAAGUUGAUGGCGCCAGGAACUGCUGCUACCUCCUUACUUUCAGAGCUUAAAUUGCGAGCCACAAUUGAGAAUGCCCGUCAAAUAUCAAAGGUCAUAGAGGAGUUUGGGUCAUUCGACAAGUAUAUUUGGAGUUUUGUGAACCACAAGCCUAUAGUUAGCAGGUUCCGGUAUCCACGACAGGUUCCUGUUAAGACACCAAAAGCUGAUGUUAUUAGCAAAGACCUUGUGAGGAGGGGGUUCCGCAGCGUGGGACCUACCGUCGUAUACUCCUUCAUGCAGGUUGUGGGGUUAACAAAUGACCACCUCAUCAGUUGCUUUAGAUUUCAGGAGUGUAUAGCUGCAGCAGAACGCAAAGAAGAGAAUGCCAUCAAGGAUGAUACUCAACAAAAGGAGACUGAUAAUGUGAUGCAAGCUGAUCUCUCCAUUGCCAUUGAUGCUUUGAAUUUCUCCUCAGAAGGAAUUGUGUGAUGGUUCCUUUUGGACCAAAUUUGUGUUACUUAUCAGCCUUACAUUCAGUAAUGAUCAUGUUGUAGCAUUUUGUGUAUCAAUCUCAUGGAGUCCCUAAGAGCACAGUUAAAUUGAAUUUAGACCAAUUGGGGUGCCCAUAUUGUUGUAUGAUGCUUUAGGGAAUCCUUUAGAAAUUGGUGUACAAUUUUUUGUACAGUAAAAAAUAUCAGUGAUUAGAAUUUUCUUUUAAA